AUGAUGGUGCUGUGGAUCCUGGGCCUUCCGGCCACGUGGCGUGCCGGGUGGGCUUGGCAUGACCCCGUCUCGUGGCUGCGUGGGCGCCUCGGGGGCUACGUGUUCACGGGGUCGGCGUACCUGAUGAUGGUAGGGUUCGCAUACAUUGACGCGAAGGGUCUGGUCUACCUACACUCGGAUUUCCCGCAGAUCCACCCUGACCACAAUACGACACGCUUUCCGGUGCACGUACCGCACGAGCCCGUUUUCCGGAUGGUGGCUUGGUGGUUUGUGGUCACGAUCUCCCUCGCGGUCUGGCACGCGGUGCAUCGGCGUUUCAAAGAGCACAGGAGGUGGAUGUUGCGCCACGUUGCGUCUGGCAUCUGGGUCGCCGUGCAGAGGCUCGUUGUGAUACUCGUCAGCUCCGCGACUCCUGCAGACCAGAAGAAGACUUUCGGCGACGGCGCACUGAUCGGUGUGGCGCUGGCCUGUUCUGCGGCGGAGAUCGCGGUUUGGAUUCCAAACUGGCGCGGUUUCCUCAUCUUUAUUUUGCGGGAUGAUAUGAAGAUGGAGACGUGGGCGAUGCGCAUUACAGUUCAGCGCCGCCUCGGCCUCCCGCUCGAUGUUGCCUGCCAGGCGGUGGAGGCGGGCAAGAAGGCGCCAAACGGCAAGCCGCACGAAGAACUCGGCGAUGCCGCAAUGGUCAACCCGCGUGCGAAGCACGCGACACGACACAAAUACCUGCUCAAACGACUCGUCAAGACCCUUCGCUCGGCGUGGGGCAUGCUCAUCGAGAUGGAGCCGACUGCACACCUCAGUUACAGUAACCCAAAACAACCUGACGUGGCGGCGGCGAACAUCGGCAAAGGGCAUGUGCGCCUCGUUGGCGACUUGAAACUGACGAGCUCGCUUGCGUGCAAGGGUGGCGAUCGGCUCGGCUGGAAGGGGGCUUUUGUCGCCUUCGGCAACACCGAGCGGGCGCUGCUCGGGUCACUUAGUGGCGACUACCGGUUCGCGCGGGAGAAGAAUUGCGACCUGCGUUUGCUCGACUUCGAGACGUUCGGCGGCUUCGGGGACGGCGUCCGCAGAAUUCUUCGGCAGGCGGCGGACCAGCUGAGUAACAAACUUUCGCACGCUCAGCACCUCGAUGAGGUCACAUGGACCACCAAGAACUGGCACGGGCUGCAGAUGCAGCGCUUGUCUGUCGUUCUCCACACCGCUGUGGCGUGGCAGACGGUGAACGAGCUAGCGUGCGGGGACAGCGGCAUUGUGCACGGAGCUAAGUGCAUUGCCGUUCUUAACGGAGUCGCUUAG